GCGCGGGCGGCUGAGGGGCUCCUGCCACGAGCCCUGCCGCGGGGCCUGGUUCCGCCCGGUUCUGCCAUUCUCCGAGCCAGCUGCCCGAGAGCCUCUGGCACUCGUGAGCCCGGGCGGGCGGUGGGAGUUCCGGGAGCUGCCGCCAGGCCGCGGUCGAGGAGGAAAAGUGACCGCAGAAAGGGUUUGAGCUCGGUGUGCGCCGAAACUCGGGGCAGUGCCGCGCUGGGGAGCGAUGGCAGCGUCCAACUAGCUGCGCCUCGGCUCCGCGCACCUCGGUCCUAACAGGCUGCCCAGCUUUUUAGGUGGCUCCAUCAUGGAUGAAUCUGUUGCUGAGUACAUCCGGAGAACCAUCCUGAAAAUCCCACGAGAGGAAAUCAAGACAAUGCUACAGAAAUGGGGCUUUCUCUCCGAGGCACAGCUGCAAACCAUAAACUUCCACCAGAUAAAGGACAACAUUUCUCAAGAAGUUGUUCAACUCUGUGAGGAAAAUUGUGCAAACAUAAAGCAAGCAGCUGUCCUAGACGUAAUUUACAACCACAUCUACCCAAACAAAAGAAUGUGGAGCGUUUACCAGAUGAGAAAAACAGGGGAAGAAACGGAAUUUUUUGACUUGACAGAUUUCAAAAAAAAAUUUAAGAAAUUUCUUCGAUCAGCCUUGAACAAUGUCACCAUCAACUUUAGAGAAUAUGAGGAUAAUGCAAUCUGGAUUAGAGUUGCCUGGGGAACACCAUACACAAAACCAAACCAGUACAAGACCAGCUAUGUUGUGUACCAUUCACAGACUCCCUACGUCUUCGUUUCUGCCUCAAUGUUGAGGAGCAACUUGCCUCUGCUGUGUCAGGCCCUGAUUUUUGCUUCCAAUUACCAUGACAUCCGUGAAAUGGAGCUUCGAAGUCAUUGUUUAAACUCCCUUAAAGAUAUUGUGUUUAAGAGAUAUAGCCAGAACUUCCAAACAUAUUGUCCAAGACCUCUGCAAGAAAGGAGCGUAGCACCAGAAACUGAUUUAAGGAUAAUUCAACAAAACAGAAGUGAGAAAGAAAGAAUACAAAGACUGAAUCAGGAACUUUUUGGUGAUGGUCCCCUACCAAAACUUGAAUUUGCACAAUAUAAGCUUGAGACAGUGUUUAAAAGUGAUCCUAAAAUGGGUGUUUUGGAUAAAAAAGAACCAUUCAGAUGUCUGGUCAAGUUUUCUAGUCCACAUCUUUUAGAAUCGCUCAGAUCCUUGGCACCAGCGGGUAUGGCUGAUGCACCACUUUCACCACUGCUUACAUGUAUUCCACAAAAAGCUAGGAAUUACUUUAAAAUUAGAGAGAGAAAAAGUAUUGUUCCAGGAAGCUUUGUAAGCCCUUAAUUUAAAACUGAUUCAUAGAGAAAUACACAGUUCGUUUAUUACUAGUAUUAAUCUUAAUCAUCAUAAACUUUAAAAUAUAUUCUUUCAUAAUCUCUUAAAGUUUUUUCUAACUUAUGGCUUCUUCGAAUUAUUUUUCCACAUUUGUCUUCAACAGAAGAGUUAUUUCCUUAAUUAAUAAAAACUACUAGCCUCAACGUUUAAACCAAGAUUGUGGUUAUUUUAAACUUAAAUGUGAUGACUGCUCUUAACUGUAUUUUUAACCAUGUUUGUGAGUUUAAACCUAGCAAAAGCUUCAUAAAAAUGCAGUAAGGUAGCUGUAGCUAUUCAGUUUGCUAUCACAGCUGUUGAUGGGAAAGAUAUUCCAGGUGGCUGCUCUAUUUCAGCUCCAGUGCAGCAGUGUCACGGAAUACGUGCCCCAUUUUGAACACAUGAAUAGUCCCAUUCAAAUAAGUGGAACAACCCGUCUGCAAGUCAGGCUCAUUUUUAUCUUAUAUUAAGAUUAUAUUCAAAGACCGUUACAGGGCAUGGAGAAGAGACUGCUGGAAUAUAGAUGUCAGUAAGAAGUUUCAUCCAGCUUUGGAUCUGAAUUAUAUCCACUAAAGUUUUUACUCACAGAGGACAACAGCCAACAACAGAUGCCUAAAUGUAAAAAAAAAAAGAACAAUCUGUCCAUCUGUAUUAAUGUCUUACAAAAUUUUAUUUUGGAAGAAUACAACGAAAGAAGCAAUAAUUCUCCUUUGAGGAUGUCCAUGUUUUACAAUAUUUUAAUUAAGAUUUGAUCCUUCUGCAGUCCUUGCAUCACCACUUCUUUGCACCAGGGAGACGUAAAGACUGGAAUCAAGGGGGCAACAUUGACUAAAGCAAACCCAAGCUUUGCAUUCUUUGGAAUUGGUACAUUGUAAUUAGCAAUUAUAUAGCUAAUUUUUAUGUAACUUGCUCCAUCAUUUUUAAUUUGAGAUGGAUUUGACCUGAAGAUUCAGCUGUAAUGUAUAACUGUUUCUUUUUUAAUUCUGUUACUUGGAAACUUUGUGUAUAUGGCAUUUCUGAUUCCCGUUGGGUAUGUCUGUAUAGAGACAGUCUUCCUAACUUCAUGGCACAGUGUA